AAGAUCCGAAAAAUCUAUUUUUAGCUUUUUCCCAGUAUAGAGCCGCACCGAAAAUUGUGCGAGACGCUUAAAUAAUUUUUUUGCUUAGCUCAAUUCUGGUCAAGUGUACUAUCUAUACAUUUUAUAUAGUGAUACAAUUUAAGCCGGCAUAACUAUAUACAUAAUUCGUCGACAAAAUGGAUCCAGAAGCAUUCUUGGAUAUGGCCAAUCAGGUCAUAAAGUUGAAAAUGUUUCCUUACUUUGACAUUGCACACAGUCUGCUUGCCGCACUAGCAGUUAGAGAAGAUCUAGGUUCGAAUGCACAAUCAUUUUCACGUAAACAUCCGCUUGCAUGUUGGCUAUCUACGAUGCUUGUAAUUUUCUCUGGAGGCAUGGUCGCCAAUGCCCUGCUUGGUGAACCUAUAUUGGCCCCUCUGAAAAACACACCACAAUUAUUCGUUGGCACAGUUGUAUGGUACUUGGUUUUCUACACACCCUUUGAUAUCGGUUAUAAAAUUGGCAAGUUCCUCCCAAUUAAAGUAGUUGCUAGUGCAAUGAAAGAGAUUUACCGUGCAAAGAAAGUUUAUGAUGGUGUCUCCCACGCUGCUAAGUUGUACCCAAAUGCCUGGAUAAUUAUGAUUAUAAUUGGAACAUUGAAGGGCAACGGUGCUGGAUUCACAAAACUUUUAGAAAGACUGAUUCGAGGAGCCUGGACACCGACAGCUAUGGAAUUCAUGCAGCCUUCAUUCUACACCAAAGCUUCUUUAUUAGCUUCAAUAAUAUUUGUACUGGAUAAGAAGACAGACUGGAUUUCAGCGCCCCAUGCUUUAGUUUACUUCGGUAUUGUUAUAUUCCUGGUAUACUUCAAACUAUCUUCAAUUCUUUUGGGUAUACAUGAUCCUUUCCUACCAUUUGAAAAUCUGUCCUGCGCAAUAUUCUUCGGCGGUAUUUGGGAUAGCUUAGCAAAAAUUUUGGGACGUGGUCAAGCAAAAGAAGGUGAAGUAAAAGAAAGCAAAAAGAGCAAUUAAAAGACCGAUACUCAGUGGCUUUGUCGAAAAUUGAAAAGACGCUAAAAGUGGUUUAAAUCUAUAACAUCUAAAUACAGCAACAACAACACAACGACCUUUUUUCGAAAAGAUGAAAUUAACGUAAACGAUUUUCCUCUUUUUGUAAUUUUGUUUUGACCACAGUACAGUUAUACUACAAUUGAAUAUUUUUCAGUUUGAAAACAAAAACGUCCUAAGCAAUGUAUUCUAGUCACUUUUAUACCAUAGUGCUCAAAAUGAAACUCAAAUAUGUACCAUAAAGUCAUUCUUGUGAUUGAACAACAAGUGGGUGUGCUUGCUCAAUGAUGAAUUUGACUUUAGUGCAAAAGCGUUUUUAUUGGAGUUUAAUUAUUAUAUUGUUGAUUUUAGUAAUUUAUUAUAUUUUUAUUUUAUGAUUUUUUCAUAAAUAUCAGUAACGAGCAGAAAUACAUUUAAUUACAAAUGACUUCGAAUUUUAACAUUAGCAUUAAUGAUUAUAUGCUAAGAUCUUGCCAAAUUUAAUUUAAAAACUUACGUACCAUCGUUUGUAUAUAUUUAAGAAGUACGAGGAGAAAAUAAAACAAUAAGCUUUAUAUCUGAUAUGGCCACGAGAAAAAGUUCUCGAUGUUAAAUAUAUUUAAAGUAAUUUUACAAAAACAAAAAAUGAAAAUAAAACAAUACCUUUGAGAUACCAAAAUAUAA